AUGGUAGAUGAUUCGACAACUACAGCAACAGCAACAGCAACUUCUGAACAACUACCAACACGACGCGCUCCGACUCCUGCUUCAGAGAAAGAACGUGAAAAGCAAGAAUGGAUCAAGAAAAUGAGACUCAAGUUUUGCAUUCGACCCGAAUUUGAAAUUACCAAAAACAUGAUUUAUGCUGAUGGAACCCUCAAUCAAGACUACUUUCGCCCACCCAAGGGUGUCAAAGAGGAGGCACGAAAGUGGACAGAAGUCGAAAAGGAACUGCUUAUCAAGGGUAUUGAAAAGCAUGGCAUCGGUAGCUUUGGUGAUAUAUCAAAGGAAUCACUUCCAAAAUGGUCGACCAACGAUUUGCGUAUCAAGUGUAUUCGCCUGAUCGGUCGACAGAACUUACAGAUGUACAAGGGAUGGAAGGGCAAUGCAGACGAUAUUGCACGAGAGUAUCGUCGUAACAAAGAAAUUGGGCUCAAGUAUGGCACAUGGAAGCAAGGUGUACUUGUGUAUGACGACGAAGGUUUAGUCGAGAAAGCGUUGCUGGAACAGAAGAACAAGGAUAACGAGGACGACGAGGAUGUGGAUAUGGAAUAA